UGGGUGCAGAACACAGGGGCUGCCCGUGAUCUCCUCCCUAUCAGAAAACCCCGUGACUUUUCCAGGGAUCCGCUUGGUAUAUACUUAGCAUAUUUCUUCCUACACAGCAAAACCCUCUAUAGAUUGCAACCCCCACCCCCCAUCCAUUCACCACUGCAGGGAGCAGCAGGCUGGUGAGCCGACAGCAGUUUCCCAUCAUCCAAAUGCAGCAAACGGCUGCGGGGAAACGGUGAGGGGCAGGAGAGUGGAGGAAGACUCAAGGUUAUCGGAUUAAUGCCUCCCCACGGACUGAUGCCCCUCUACAUGGUAAGACCCCUUGCCCGCCUGUAACUCCUGCCCAUCGUUGAUGCCGAGGGAAUCAGGGGGCGCCGGGGAGACAAGUGUUAACCCAGGCAGGAGGCUUGUUCUCCAGGAAUAAAUCAGCAGUGAUGGUGGCAUCUGCCCAGGCUGGGCUCCCUGGAAGGACUGUGUGACGGUGGCACAUGAAAGACGUCCCUGGUGGAACCCCUACUGGGAAAACCAUCGCCUCUUCUCUUUGUUUCCCUUCUCCCCGGGCGAGAGACAUGUGUAGCAAUCAAGUCAGCUUGCAGGAUGAGCAGUGCAAGUACUACGCCUACAUGUUCUACCAGGCGGUGCGGGACCAGGAGCCGGUGUGGAAACUGGAAGAAAUGAGGACUAUGGAGUAUUUCCAUUUGGAGGAAGACGCCAGCCUUAGGUGCUACUCGCCCUCCGACGCGCUCAUGUACGCCGUAGUGCAUAACCACCUACGCUACGCUCAGUAUCUGCUGUCUCACUAUGCAGAGGAAGCCUUGAAGGUGCCGGGCAUCAAAUUCUGCUGCUGCCCACCCUCGGCGCCCCAUCUAGCCCUGGCCGUGACCUACGACCGGAGGGACAUCUUGAUCAUGAUCAUUAAGGUGACCCACGAGCUGCCCAGCCUUCAGUCCUACAUCAACCGGGCGAGUUGCUUCCAUUUGUCGGACGGUAAAACGCCUUUGCACUUGGCCUGCGAACUUCUGAGCGCCGAGACCGUCUUGAUCCUUCUAGGCAACGGGGCCUCUCCGAAAAUAAUGGACCGCAAAGGGGAGACCCCCUUGGACGUUAUUCUGGAGCAGCUGUGGAGUUCCAAAGUCAACGUGGAGUCCAAAAAGCUCUGCCUGGAUUAUCUCUUGCUUUUCUCUUCUUCUCUGAACUUCAAAAUGAGAGAGAUGCUGAGAGACAACCCGGGGUUCUGGGGUCCCCUCCUGGGAGAGGACAAAUUUAACUACCUGGUGGGCAAAAGGCCGGCCCGGCUGUACUUGGCAGCCAUGCAAAGGAUCCUGAAGUGUCUGCAACCUGCACACUUCCCGCAGAGCAUCCAAGAGCUUCCUAUUCCCCAUGCGUUAAAGCCACUGCCGGGGUCAACUUAGCUUCUCUGCCUUUGGCCAAAAAUGUAGGGAGGGUGGGAUUUGGGUGGGGGAGGCGGAAAAAGGGCAUGGGGAAUAUGGCAGCUUUGGUUAUUCUAGUCUAUUCCUUUGCAGAUGGUUUUUAGACCUUGUGCUUGCUGAUGGGCAUUGCAGCAUCAUAACACUUACAGGGGCAUAUGGCUGUGGGGCAAUAGUGGGAAGAAAAAAGACUAGCAAGAUGACUGCAAGUGAACAUAAUUAGCUAGUCUCCAAUCAUCAGGGAGAUACAAAUCUAGUCCUGAUGGUUUAAAGGGAAAGUAAAGCCAACAUAAAGACAAAAUAGUCCAACAUAUUACAGUAUAGGCUGGCUGCACCGGUACUCAUGGGUUAUUUCCAGCAGCCUCAGAUGAGGGGCAUUGGGUAAUGGUACCGUGUAGCUUAUGGCACAUAUAUCAUGGCCUGUGUCCCUAUGAAAUGAUAAAAUAGGGCUUUGAUGCCCUAAAUGUUUAAGCCCCAUUUGCUUACCAAUGUCCUCCCCAAGCCUGGGGCAUAUAUAUAUAUAGGCCAUGCUCCCCUCCCAAAAAUACCAUCAUUUACACUGGGCUGGAGCACUGCACUGUGGUAGAUGGAGGGGAGCAAGGUGGCAACAACAGGCCACGAUGGUGACAGUAGGGCAAAAAAGUGACUAAGAAAGGUGGAGAUAGCAGAACUACAAAAGUAGGACAACAAUACGGCAAAGUAGGACAAGAUGAAACAGUAGCAAUAUGCAACCUGUGGCCCCAACGCUGCUGUUUAGGCACAACUCCCUGCAUCCUACAGCUAUAGGCUCCAUUCCUCUGCCCACCCUAGAGCAUGUGUGCCCAAACCUUAUGCAACAUCUAAUAGCCCGGGCACUAAUAACAAACUGGCAUGUAUUCCCCUCGCUGCCAUCUCAUCUAUAGACCCCUGCUCCCUUAGUGACUUGGCUUGAUGAAUAUGCUAUGGGUCUGUAUGCAAUAUAUAUAUAUAUUUAUGUUUGCUUCUGUGUAUAUACAUAUACAGAUAUUUGAGCCAAUCGGCAACCUAUAUAUAUAAUUAAUAUAUCGACAGGUGAAACCUGAAACAACCUUAUUUAUUUAUUUUAAUAUUUUUAACGAGGAUUUAUAGAUAUAUUCGCAUUUUUUUUUUUUAAAUUCAUACGAAUGUAUCGGAAAUGAUCUGCAUGUCUGAGAGGGGGCGAAUUGGUUUGUAUGGAUUGGCUUUCCCGCGUUAUGGAAAAUAAAAAGGAUUUAAGGAGAGA